UUUCGCAGUUAUGAGUGUAAAUACACGGUCAAAAAUGAUGGAUUUUAUACCGGCAAAUCAAUCUAGAAUUUAAUCAAUUCAUUCAAAUGAAACCAGUUUGUUACAAAGCAGAAUUAAUUCAUUUGUUCAUAAAAACUUGUAUAUUUCAAUAAUUAAACCUAUAAAUAGACUGCGAUAGCACGUGUUCUUUCUUGCUUUCUAUAUAUACACGCAUUUUAAUUUAGGCGCUCGGUGCUCUUAUUGUACAUACAAACACGUUAUACAACAUGUAUUCAUGUAUACUACAAACGUAUAUUAUACGACUCUGUUGUGAAAUGCCGGCAUGUGAAUGACAAACACAUCGUUGAUUUGUUAUGUCAACAAAACCACUUCGGAGAACAACAUCGUAUUUGAUUGUGUACGAAUCAUUAUCAGUUAAAAUAAUGAUGUGUGUGUGUUCAAUACUUUGUUUUGCGAAUACAGUUCGAAUGGAAUAGAGAAUACAAUAGAGUUUUUAGUUCAUGAUUUGCUAUUGCGUUAGUCGAAUGUGUUCAAGAAAUGGCGUAGUCCAAUUUCAAAGACUAAAACGAUAAUAAAACGUUUAGAAAACUAAUUUGUAGAUAUUUGUUGGAAAAUAAUAUCAAAACAAUUGUUUUUUUAGAGUGAAAAACCAAUUCAACAAGAUUGUUGAAAGUAUUUUUGAUUAAAAUCUCCCAAUUUUUUAAAAUAAAAAGUGUCCAACCAUCGGUGUACAAAGUGAAUUUGUAUAAAAAUGGAAUCAACACAGUACAAACUCCCACCGAAUCCAUGUGAUAGUGCAAAUUGCUUAUCCAAAAUACUUUUCGCUUGGACUGUGCCAUUUUUUAAAAAAAAUGCCAAAGUUCUGAAACUAGACGAUAUGUUCCAACCGAUGACAUGUGACAAGUCUGAAACACUCGGGAAUCGUUUAGAAACUAACUGGGUACGAAGCACAUCAAAGGCUGACGAGCGGAACUCUUUGUUGUCAGUCAUUUUAUACACAUUCUGGAGAGACUAUGCAUUUUUGAGUGUUUGUUGCUUUUUCAACGAUAUCGUUUUUCGAUUGGGGCAACCGUUCCUCCUUGGCUACUUAUUGAAAUACUUCCGCAAAGACACACAAAUAGCAUAUCAUGAUGCCGUCCUUUAUGCCACUGGAAUUGUGGUGAUGAAUGCUUUGAACGCUCUGCUCAUCAAUCAUAUUCAUUAUGUCUCCUAUCAUAAUGGGAUGAAAGUUCGAGUGUCCGUUUGCAGUCUCAUUUACAGAAAGUCACUUCGGCUGUCACAAACGGCUCUUGGAGAUACAUCACCUGGGAAAGUAGUGAAUCUACUUUCGAACGAUGUGAAUCGCUUCGAAUGGGCAACAUUUUUUAUGAAUGCUUUGUGGACAGCGCCAUUGCUCACAUUGCUCGUUGGAUGUCUGAUGUGGAACGAAAUUAGAUGGACUGGAUUGGUCGGCAUUUUGGUUGUUUUCUGUGUGGUUCCUAUGCUGAGUUAUGCUGGCAAACUAACAUCGAAAUACCGCCUUCAAACUGCAUCAAGAACGGACGAACGCAUUCGAUUCAUGGAUGAAAUAAUAAGCGGUGUGCAAGUGAUAAAGAUGUACGCAUGGGAAAAACCGUUUGCCAAACUCAUCACAUACACUCGAAGUUUGGAGUUGAAAAUGGUUCGCAAAACAUCAUACAUUCGUGCGUUCCAUAUGACCUCGAUGUUGUUCACCACGAGAAUGGCGCUUUUCUGCACAAUGAUGAUCAUUAUUUUGGUUCAUGGUCCACAGGAAAUUACGUCGGCCAGGAUAUUUGUAAUAACGUCGUACUUUAACAUUGUGUCCCAUUUGAUGUCGCAACGAUUUUCUCGAGGUAUUGCUGAAACUGCAGAAGUUUUGGUCGCAUUGAAACGUUUGGAGAAAUUCUUGUACUUAGAAGAAAAACAAACGAACUUUGGUGACGAUAAACUUGAAAAUGGCCUUGCAAAUGGUUUAAAGAAGGGAAAAGUCAAGAUGAGCGACUCAAUCACUUCGAAUGUAUCGGUUUCAAUGAAAAAUGUGUCGGCUUGCUGGACGAUACCCGCUAAUGCAUAUUUAUCUAGUGGAAAAUUCAAUCAAAAUGGAAAAGCUAAAGAUAACCGUACAACUAUGGACGAAAUGCAAGUGGAUGAAUGCUUAUCACAUUUGAAUGUUGAUUUCCCAAAAGGAAUGUUGAUUGGAAUAAUCGGACCAGUUGGAUCCGGGAAAUCGUCGCUGCUACAGGCCAUUUUACGAGAGUUGCCGUUGAAAACGGGCUCGAUUAGCGUAAACGGAUCAAUUUCCUAUGCAAGUCAAGAGCCAUGGGUGUUUGCAGCAUCGGUGAGACAAAACAUAUUGUUUGGCCAAAAGUAUGACCAAGAGCGCUAUAACAAAGUGGUACGAAUUUGUGCGCUGGAAAAAGAUUUUGAGCAAUUCGAGAACGGAGAUCGAACUAUCGUUGGUGAACGUGGAGCAAGUCUCAGUGGUGGUCAAAAAGCGCGUAUCAACUUGGCGCGAGCUUGUUAUCGCAACUCUGAUAUUUACCUGUUUGACGACCCAUUGAGUGCAGUCGAUACUCACGUUGGAACUCACAUAUUCAAUAAGUGCAUAGGACCGGCAAGCAGUCUAUCGAGACAGAGAUCAACUCGAAUUUUGGUGACACAUCAAGUGCAUUUUCUUAAAGAGGCUGAUUGGCUUAUCGUACUAAAGGAUGGAAGGAUCGAAAUCCAAGGAACACCGAGUGAAUUAUACAAAAGUGAUGUUGAUUUCAUUGAACUUGUUGGCAUGACUGAAACACCAGAUGUCACCGAAAUAUUCCCUGUUUUUAGUCGGCAAUGCUCCACAAUUUCAACGCAAUCUGAAUCAUCAAUCGAAUCGAUGAAGAGUGUUAUCGGUCGGUCUGUGGCCGCAGAACAAAAACAGAAAGAGACGAAAGAUGAAGGAGUACCAAUGGAGGCGAUUUCGAAGGCAAAGGGAUCGCUUUCAUGGAAUUAUUUUAGUAGUGGUGCCCAUUGGUCGGUUCUACUCAUGCUGCUAUUUUCCUUCGUGUUUGUUCAAUGCUUGGCCAGUGCAACAGACUAUUUCGUUUCCAUAUGGACCAAACAAGAAGAAAUACGCACACAUGUGUCACCUAAUGAUACUUCAAUUACGUUAACUACGAAUGAAUGCAUUUCCAUUCAAGGGACAUUAGUUGCUGCACUUCUCAUAUUUGGGAUAUCAAGGUCCAUCGGUUUCUAUUCAAUUUGCGUCCGAAUUUCUCAAAAUAUCCACAAUGCAAUGUUCAAAGGCAUCAUUUCAACAAAAAUGCGCUUCUUCGAUACAAACCCAUCGGGCCGAAUACUUAAUCGAUUUUCAAAGGAUAUCGGUGCGGUUGAUGAAAUCCUUCCCAAGAAUAUACUCGAUGCAACACAGAAUAUAUUGAGCAUGUUCGGUUCGAUAGUGAUAGCCUUGGUAGUGAACCCAUAUUUUUUGAUUCCAUUGUUGGUUUUGAGCAUAUUUUUCGUUUUCAUUCGAAGCAUUUACUUGAAAACGUCGAGAAAGGUGAAGAGAUUGGAGGGAAUAGCGAAAUCGCCAGCAUACACUCACUUAUCGGCCACUCUAAGUGGUUUGUCAACGGUUCGUGCAUACAAGGCUGAAGAAAUUCUAAAGAAAGAAUUCGAUAAUCAUCAAGACACGCAUUCAUCCUGUUGGUUUAUAAUUAUAUCGACAACUUCCGUGUUUGGAUUCUGUCUCGAUUUCAUGUGUUUGCUGUUUAUCGCUUCAAUUGUGUACUACUACGUAUUAUUUGAUACGGGAGUAUCUGGCGAAAAAAUUGGGUUGGCUAUAUCUCAAGCGAUUAGUUUAACGGGACUUGUUCCAUGGGGUGUUCGUCAAAGUGCUGAAAUCUCCAAUCAAAUGACAGCAGUUGAACGUGUACUCGAAUAUCGCGAUUUGGAACCGGAAAAACAGCCAAAGAAACUAGUCAUUCUUGUAGAAGGUUGGCCAUCGAAAGGAUGCAUCGAAUUUAGAAAUGUCUUCUACCGAUAUUUUGCUGAAGCCGAACCAGUUUUACGAGGAUUGUCAUUCGUCAUCAAUCCAAUGGAGAAAAUUGGUAUCGUUGGUAGAACGGGUGCGGGCAAAAGUUCAUUGAUAGGUUCUUUAUUCCGUUUGGCGUGCAUCGAAGGACAAAUUCAGAUUGAUGGAGUUGACACAGCCAACAUUCAAUUGAGUGACUUGAGAAAGCAAAUUGCCAUCAUUCCGCAGGAUCCAGUUCUAUUUUCGGGCACAUUGAGAAGGAAUCUGGAUCCAUUUGAAGAUUAUUCUGAUGAUGAUAUCUGGAGCGCAUUGGAAAGUGUUGAGCUGAAAAGUGCUAUUUCAGAAACGUUGGGCUUACAAUCGACCGUUUUACCGCAUGGUGCCAAUUAUUCAGUGGGUCAACGUCAACUUUUGUGUUUGGCAAAAUGGCAAAACCAACUGGCCAAAACGAAACGUCCGUCUUUAUUGGCCGCAAUUGUCGCGACAUUCUGGAGAGAGUACAUAUCGUAUGCAUUUGUUUGUGCAUUCAGUGAUCUUAUUGCUCGACUGGGUCAGCCAUUGCUCUUGGGAAAAUUAUUGCGGUUCUUUCGCGAUGGUUCAGACAUAACACAACAAGAUGCCAUGAAAUAUGCCGGUUUACUUGUGCUCUUCAACUGCCUGUAUGCACUCGGUUCAAAUCAGUUUUUCAUGUUGGGAUAUCACAAUGGAAUGAAAAUUCGAGUGGCUGUUUGUAGUAUUAUUUAUCGUAAGGCCCUUCGACUGUCGCAAACCGCACUGGGCGAAACAUCGCCAGGCAAAGUGGUGAAUCUACUAUCGAAUGAUGUAGGUCGUUUCGAAUGGGUGUCGCUGUGUUUGAAUUCAAUGUGGAUCGCUCCAUUGCUCUCAUUCAUCGUUGCUUGUUUACUAUGGAUCGAAAUUGGAGCAGCCGGUUUAAUUGGCAUAGCUAUAAUUUUUACUGUCGUACCCAUUCAAAGUUAUACUGGGAAAUUAUCGUCGAAAUUUCGAUUGAAAACCGCUUUGCGAACCGAUCAACGCAUUCGAUUCAUGGACGAAAUAAUAAACGGUGUGCAAGUGAUCAAAAUAUAUGCAUGGGAAAAACCGUUUUCCAAUCUCGUUUCAACUGCCCGUAAAAUGGAACUGAAUAUCAUUCGCAAAACAUCUUUUGUUCGUGGCUUGUACAUGACGUUCAACCUGUUCACCACUCGAGCUGCCGUUUUUUGCACAAUGUUAGCAAUCGCUCUGCUUUACGGAUCGGAUCAAAUUACUGCCGACAAAGUAUUUGUGAUUUCAUCAUAUUUCAGUAUCAUUUCGAUGACAAUGGGUCAGAUAUUUGUUCGCGGUGUUGCCGAGAUUGCAGAGGCUCUUGUGGCACUGAAACGGUUGCAAACCUUUUUGGAAUUGGAUGAAAAGCAAACGAAGGAAAUAAGCGACGGUGUAAAUGGAUUUAGGAGAACCAACGGAAAUAUUAUCGACAAAAUUGAGAUGGAAUUCACGUCUGAAAACUCAACUCCACCGAACGUAGCUGUUUCAAUGAGAAAUGUCACAGCCAUUUGGACAGUGCCUUCCAUUGACGACGCGACAAAGAAAAAGAACGUUGAGAAGGCUGAAUUGCCAGAUGAGAUCACUUCAUUGAUAAAAUCACCCACUUUGGAUAAUUUCAGUGUUGAUUUUCCAAAAGGCAAACUAAUUGGAAUAAUCGGACCAGUUGGAUCCGGCAAAUCCAGUUUAUUACAAGUUCUUCUACGUGAAUUGUCAUUGGAAUCGGGCUCACUUCACAUAAAUGGAUCGGUUUCAUACGCCAGUCAAGAGCCAUGGGUUUUUGCUGCCUCUGUGCGGCAGAACAUUCUAUUUGGCAACGAGUAUGAUCAAGAUCGUUAUAAUGCCGUUGUGAAAAGUUGUGCUUUAGAAACUGAUUUCAAUCAAUUUGAAAAUGGUGACCGAACGAUUGUUGGUGAAAAGGGCUCGUUGAGUGGUGGCCAGAAAGCACGUAUCAAUUUGGCGCGGGCUUGUUAUCGAAAUGCUGAUAUCUACCUGUUUGACGAUCCGUUGAGUGCGGUUGAUGCUCAUGUUGGUACCCACAUAUUCAACAAAUGUCUUGGUCUCAAUGGCCGCUUGGCAAGACAACAAAGAGCGACACGAAUUUUGGUCACACAUCAAGUGCAUUUCCUAAAAGAGGCUGAUUGGCUUGUGGUUUUGAAUGAUGGAAAAAUCGAAAUUCAAGGAUCACCCACUGACUUAGCUCAAAGUGGUGUCGACUUUGCCAAACUCGUUGGAAUAGAAGAAGAAUCGUCCAAUGAAGAAAAUAUUUCAGCUGUCAGCCGGUCAAGGAAGUCUUCAAUACUAAGCACAUCAUCGUCCGGCAAAUCUUCGAUACAUGAGUCCGAACAGUUAAAUGAGCAUGAUGAAGAAGAACCAAAAGACGAAGGUGUCCAAAUGGAAGAAAGUUCGAAGGGAAAAGUUAAAGGAUCUGUAUCGGCAAGUUACUUCAAGGCCGGUGCUAAUUGUUUGGUUUUAUUUGUGCUCGGUUUCUCAUUUGUAUUUGUUCAAAUUCUGGGCAGCGGUGCUGACUACUGGGUAUCUGUUUGGACUAAACAAGAAGAAAUGCGUGCAACAAAUAAUAAUCAAUAUUUAACUAACGAACUGAACAAUACUAGCACAAGACAAUUGGUUGACAAAUCAAAUGUUUCUGAUACCAAAUCAACUGAUUCCUUCAAGCCGGAAUCGUUGUUUAUUCUAAGUACAGAAAUGUGUAUCUAUAUCCAUGGCGCACUGAUAGCUUCUGUUUUCGUUAUUGGAAUAAUGAGAUCGUUUGCGUUCUAUAUAGUGUGCAUGCGAGCCUCACAAAAACUCUACAAUUCAAUGUUUAACGGCGUGAUUUCAACAACGAUGCGAUUUUUCGAUACGAAUCCAGCGGGACGAAUCUUGAAUCGAUUUUCAAAAGAUAUUGGAACGAUUGACGAAUGGCUUCCAAAAGCAAUACUUGAUGGUACCCAAUCGAUUUUAACAUUGUCUGGAUCGAUUGUGAUCACAGCGAUGGUCAGUCCAUAUUUUCUGAUUCCAGUUCUUGUGAUGGGAUUGAUUUUCAUUUACAUUCGAAAAGUGUAUUUGAAAACAUCGAAAAAUAUCAAGCGAAUCGAAGGAAUUGCGAAAUCACCGGCAUUUACGCACUUAUCGGCAACUUUAAGUGGACUAUCAACCGUGCGAGCAUUUAAUGCCGAAAAGUUAUUGCAAAAUGAAUUUGAUCAUCAUCAAGAUACGCACUCAGCUUGCUGGUACAUGUUUGUAGCGACGAGCUCAGCGUUUGGUUUAAUUCUGGACAUUAUGUGUUGGACCAUGAUUGUAUGUAUUAUUGCGUUCUAUCUACUGAUUGAUACCGGCGCUUCAAGCGAAAUGGUCGGUUUGGCGUUGACUCAAGUGCUAACACUAACUGGAAUGUUGCAAUGGGGUGUACGUCAAAGUGCGGAAGUAAGCAAUUUGAUGACGUCAGUUGAACGAGUGCUCGAGUAUCGUGAUUUGGAACCGGAGAAACAACCAGAAAAACCACAAGAAGUUUCCGAAAAUUGGCCAAAAGAAGGAAGUAUUGAGUUCCGAAAUGUGAUUUAUAAAUAUUUUGAAGGUGCCGAUCCAGUACUACGAGACCUAUCGUUUGUAAUCAAACCAAAGGAGAAAAUAGGUAUUGUCGGUCGAACGGGAGCAGGCAAAAGUUCGCUCAUUGGUGCCAUUUUCCGCUUGGCUUGCAUCGACGGACAAAUCUUGAUCGAUGGAAUCGACACCGCCAACCUUCGAUUGAGAGAUUUGCGAAAACGAGUUGCUAUCAUUCCACAAGAUCCAGUGCUGUUCUCGGGCACUUUAAGAAGAAAUUUGGAUCCAUUCGAAGAGUAUCCCGAUGCUGAAAUUUGGCAUGCCUUAGAAAAGGUUGAGCUAAAAGAGGCAGCAACAGAACCAUCGGGAUUACAAUCACCGGUAAUGGCGCGUGGUGCCAAUUAUUCCAUAGGACAAAGACAAUUACUCUGCUUGGCUCGGGCCAUUCUACGGAAAAAUCGAAUCCUCGUACUAGACGAAGCAACUGCCAACGUAGACCCACAAACCGAUCUACUUAUUCAACAAACAAUUCGAGAGAAAUUCGCCGAAUGCACCGUUUUGACCGUUGCCCAUCGUUUGCACACAAUCAUCGAUUCAGAUCGUGUUUUAGUAAUGGACGCUGGUCAAGCGGCCGAGUUCGACAAUCCAUAUACUUUGCUGCAGAACACACUGGGCAUCUUCCAUGGCAUGGUUGAGGCUUUGGGUACAUCAGAAUUCAGUCGAUUGUCGCGAAUUGCGCAGGAAAAGUUUGAUUCCAUACAUAAAACGGAAUGAAUUUGUAAUUCGUAUAGAAAAUAUCAGGGAUUUAAAUGUAUUCAUUUAGUUAAUUCUGUUGCAAUUGAGAGAAUUAUAAUAUAUUGACAUUUGUAUUAUAAUGCA